AUGGCAGCGAACGGCAGCAGCAGCAGCAGCGGUGGCGGUGGUAACCGCAAGGAUCCAAUCCUGGACUUGGCCAAGUACAUUGACCAGGAAGUGCGCGUCAAGUUCCAUGGCGGGCGCGAGGUCACAGGGAUGCUCAAAGGAUAUGACCAGCUAGUGAACCUGGUGCUGGACGACUGCGUCGAGUUCGUGCGCGACCCCAACGACGAGUAUCGGAUCACGGACGAGACCCGCAAAGUUGGACUGGUGGUGUGCAGAGGCACAUCCGUGAUGCUCGUCUCUCCAAUGGACGGAACAGCCGAGAUUCCCAACCCAUUUCUGCAGCAAGAGGGCUAG